AUGCCUCAUAUUAUCUCUCGAACACCUAGGAUGCCCCAGAGCAGAUGUCCUGCAAGUGUGCCUGCAGAUGGGAAUAUCUCUCCAAGUGUCAUUCGAGUGAUUGUGAAGACACCGGGACACCUGAACAGCUUUACAGUAGCUGGUGACACCUCAGUCAGGCAAUUCAAAGAGAAGCUGUCUGCUCACUUCAAAUGCCAAAUGGACCAACUGGUACUGGUUUUCAUGGGCCGCCUUCUCAAAGACCAUGACAUACUGAGUCAGAGGGGCAUCAAAGAUGCUCAAACCAUUCACGUGGUCAUCAAGUCCAAGAAUGGCUCCAGAUCACUGGCUCAUUCUUUCCGGAACCUGUCAACGAACAAUCCCUGCCAUCAAGACAGAAGCACCAAAGGAAAUAGCAGUAGGGUGUGCCAGUCUGCAGGCAUGGGUCAAACCAAAGAGGAAUCAUCCCUCCUCAUGGGGUCUGAUGCACCCAAGGUGGGUACUCAAAGCCCAGAAGUGGACAGUCCAGAGCAUAUUGCACAGAUGCUGGAGAAUCUUUGUGUUCAGAGGAUGUUGUCCAAUAUUGAUUUCAUGCGUCAACUGAUCUCAGAACAUCCAGAUAUGCAAGAACUUUUGCAGCAGAACCCAGAAGUCUCCCACCUCCUCGACAAUUCUGAGAUCUUAUGCCACACUCUGGAGUUGGCCAGGCACCUUGCUGUUAUCCAAGAGAUAAUGCAGAUCAAUCAGCCAGCACAGAACCUUGAGCAUCUACCGAACCCACAGCCCUACCUGGGCUUAGAGACAAUUUCAAAUGGGAACGAUGCCUUGGGCCAGAGCUAUGAUUUCAAUGACCAAAUGCUCAAUGGGAUGCACGAUCUUUUGGGGGGCAACUCUUUUACAAACCUUCUGGCUGGUCAAGUACUAGAGCAAGUUCAGACUCCUUCCCCAUUUCCUCUGCCAUCUGAGGAACAAUUUGUCUGUCCUCCUGCCCAAGAGAUUUAUGCUAAUUCUUGUGGAUUAUCAUCAAUCACCCCAACAAAUGCUACUCUAAGCAGUGCUCAUGAUGCUUCCAGGAAAAAUCCAGCCUCAGUUACCACUGAGGGCCAAAGCCAUGUCUGUGCUAUUCACCAGCCAUCUGGGAUUCCAACCUUACCCAGCACAGCCGUCGCCCAGGAGCUUCAGGAAAUUGAUAAGGAUAUGGCCAUCCCUGUGGGUAGCUCUGAUCAGGGGUUAGAGGGAAAUCUCCAGCAGUCAGGUGAGCAGACCAGCUCUCAGCUCACAGGAGGAAUGAUCCAAUUGCUUAGGAACUACCCAUACAUGGCUGCUAAGAUGCUGCUGCUCAUGAAUAUGCCCCAGCAGAGUGAACAGUGGAGACAACAAACUCCCACAUCCUUGCAGUCAUCACAGCUUUCGGACUUGCUUUUAGCCCUAGCCAACCCUAAAACAUCACAAGCAAUACUACAGAUUGAGCAUGGUCUACAGCUAUUGGCUACAGAGGCUCCUAUUCUUUUGCCAUGCAUUGAGCCUUACCUUUGGGGUCUAGGUUGGCUUCCUCCUUCCAGCUGUAGCUACCCUGAUCCAGUGCCUUGGACCCUGAAUGUGUCAGACAUGACUGAGCCUGAAUGUGGCCCCCAAUCUAGAACAGUGCUGCAGAAAUCACAGCCCCCAUCUGCAGACCCUUCCCAUUCCUUACAAUCCCCCGAGGUUCAUUUCCGCAAGUAG